GUUCAUAGUGCGCGUGCACGCAGAAACCGUGGAACCAGAAAAGAAAGAAAGGUGGACCACAAACACAUAAAUGAAUGUCCUCGACGUUCAUUGUCACAGUUCACAGUUUAUCACUUUCUCGAACGAAUUAAUGGCGACGCGAGUGGGAGUGAGCAUAACCGCCGCAAUGAUCUCAGUUCAGUUCUUGGAGGUGGGAUUGAACACUCUGGUGAAAUCCGCCAAUACCAAUGGAAUGAGCAACUAUGUCUUCAUUCUUUACUCCAACCUUCUCGCAUUCUUCUUCCUUCUCCCGUCCACUUUCUUCUUUUACAGAAAUGCCCCUCCUCCUCCUCCUAUACCCACCUCUGUCCUCUCUAGAAUUUUACUCCUUAGUUGUCUCAGUACUACGGUGCAGACCCUGAUGUACACCGGUAUUGGAUACAGUUCUCCUACUCUGGCCUCUGCCAUGGUGGAUCUUAUCCCUGCUUUCACUUUCAUUAUUGCCAUUUUCUCCAGGAUGGAAAAUCUGAAUAUGAAACGACAUAGCAGCUAUGCAAAAAUUAUUGGGACAGUGGUUUCCAUUGCAGGGGCAUUAAUCGUUACCUUAUAUAAAGGGUUGCCAAUAACAUUAAGUGGUACUAGUGGUUCCUUGCCAAAUAAAAUUGGAACUAAUUAUCUCUCAGCAGAAGCAAACUCAAACUGGAUUCUAGGUGGUUUUCUUCUUGCAACUGCUAGCUUUUGCCUUUCAAUCUUGAUUGUUGUUCAGACAUGGAUUAUCAAGGAUUAUCCUGAAGAAUUUGUAGUAACAACCACAGCUUGCGGUUUUGUUGUAGUCCUAUCCGCCAUAGUAGCCUUGUUUGCAGAGCAUAAUAAAAAAGCUUGGAUACUUAAGCCUGAUAUGGAAUUGGUAUCCAUAUUUUAUUCGGCAAUUUUUGUGGUAUCAAUACGAAGCGUGGUGACAACAUGGGCAUGCCGUAAGAAAGGGCCAGUGUAUGUGGCCAUGUUCAAUCCUUUAGCAAUGGUCGUUGCUAUUGCUAUGGGUAUAACAUUUCUUGGUGACACUCUUUAUCUUGGAAGCGUGAUUGGUGCUGUUGCAAUAGCUAUAGGAUUCUAUUCUGUGAUGUGGGCAAUGGCUCAAGAGGAAAAUAUGGUAAAAAACAAUCAAUUUGUUCCAUCUUCAACAGCACCUCUGUUGCCCAGAAAGAGCACGGAUUGUACAUAAAUAUUCUUCAAUUUAUAUUUGUAAUAAUUCUCACACGUUUUUUUUUUCGAUAUAUAUUAGGAAUACUGUUUUGUAUACGAUCAUUUGUGAAUAAGCAUAUAUUUCUUUAUUAUUAA